AUGGACGACCGCUGCUCCAAAGGUUUCCUUAAAACAGUGGUCGCCAGCCUUUCGGACCUUGCGGACCACCGGCUGGCAACCGCUGUUUGGUUGAGAAACAUCCCCAUUCCAGUACAACAUGGUUUUCUACUACAGGAGUUUUAUCAGGCUUCGAAGUACAAGUCUUCCCUGAACCUGACUCCAGUGGGAGCCCGCCUUCAGCGGCAGGAUGGAGGGAUCAUAACCUCUCUAGAGCAGCUUCAUGAAAAAAUCAACGAGAUGAGCAACGUGUUCAACUCGCUGGAGAACAAGUUGCAGGCCCUGGCCUCUGAACUCAAAACUGGUUUCACAGAAGCAAUGCAAGAACUGUCAAGAAUUCAACAUGGAGAAUAUGCUUUGGAAGAAAAGGUUAAGACCUGCAAAUGUUCCAUGGAAGAAAAAGUUACUGAGAUGAAGAAUUCAUUAAACUAUUUCAAAGAAGAGCUGAGCAAUGCCAUGUCAAUGAUCCAGGCAAUCACUUCCAAACAAGAAGAGAUGCAACAGAAAAUUGAACAGCUUCAACAGGAGAAGCGAAGAGAAUCUCGAAAAGUGAAAGCCAAGAAAACUCAAAAAGAAGAGCAUGGCUCACAGGCUGGGCCUGCUCAAGCACAAGGAAGUCCUUUCCGUUCAAUCAAUAUCCCUGAGCCUGUUCUUCCAAGUGAAGACUUCACAAACCUCUUGCCUUCUCAGGCCUAUGAAAAAGCCCAAGAGUCCAGAUCCAUGCAUAUAGGAGAUAGUAAUGUGAAGGGAAUGAUGGGUCCUGGAAUGAACCCAACGACUCCAGAAGCAGAAGAAAACCUCAAGCCUUGCCUCACAGCCGAUAUCCAGUCUAAGGGCCAUGUGCCCGGUGUGUGGAGGCAGCCGAAGGAUGGGAAAGAAUGGGGCGAGGAAUAUGUCACAAAAGACCACCCAGAUAAACUCAAGGAAGUUGGCCAGGGCAGACAUAGUUCCUUGGAAAAUGUUUUAUGUGAAACUUCUUUAGCUGCUAAAAGACAGACUGUGGCUCUGGAACUGCUUGAAUCAGAAAGAAAAUACGUCAUUAACAUCUCUCUGAUCCUGAAGAUCAAGGCAACAUUCCAGGGGUCAGAUGGAAAGAGGAAUCCCAAAGAGAGAAGCCUCUUCCCUGGCUCUUUACGGUACCUUGUCCAGCAGCACCUAGAUUUGCUUCAUGCUCUGCAGGAAAGGGUCCUGAAAUGGCCACGCCAAGGAGUCCUUGGAGAUUUAUUCCUGAAAUUAACAAAUGAUGAGAAUAAUUUCUUGGAUUAUUAUGUUGCCUACCUGAGGGACCUGCCUGAAUGCAUCUCUUUGGUUCAUGUUGUUGUUCUGAAGGAGGGUGAUGAAGAGAUUAAAUCUGACAUCUAUACACUGUUUUUUCAUAUAGUCCAGCGCAUCCCUGAAUAUCUGAUACAUCUGCAGAACGUCCUGAAGUUCACAGAGCAGGAACACCCUGACUAUUACCUACUUCUGGUGUGUGUUCAGCGCCUUCGAGUAUUUAUCUCACACUACACCCUGCUGUUUCAAUGCAAUGAGGAUUUGCUUAUUCAGAAACGGAAAAAGCUCAAGAAGUCAUCCAUGGCGAAGCUGUACAAAGGGCUGGCUUCCCAGUGUGCCAACGCUGGGCAAGACGCUUCCCCCACUGCAGGCUCUGAGUCUGCCCGCGACAGUGGGAUCCACUCAGAAGAGAUGCUGCAACCCUACUCUCCUGCUCCAGGUUCUGGCUCUGCUAUCACGCACCUGAUGCCCCCCAUGAAGAAAGGCCAACAGCAGCAAAGCCUGAUGGACAGCAUGCAGCCCGGGAAGCCCGGCGAAGGGAAGAUGGAGGGCAGGAAGCACGAGAGGCCCGACAGCCUCCUGGCGCCGGCGCAGUUCUGCCCCGCCGAGCAGGACGGGAAGGCGCUCUCGGGGCCCCUUGCAGGCCCAUCCCGGGAGAUGGACUUCGAGCCUUCGCCCGCCGAGCCCUCGCUGGGCAAACGUGGAGCGCUUCCCUGCCCCGCCCCGGCCGAGCUGCUGCCCGACGCCCGCGGUUUCGCGCCCUCGGCCUAACGAGGAGUCCGAAUACGGCGCGAGCUCUUCGCGCUUGCCCGCGGCCCUACGACGAAGGAGCCCUACCAGGCGCCGGCCCUCUUCGAGAACUGCUCGCCCGCUUCCUCCGAGUCCAGCCUGGACAUCAUGCUUUCUGCGACCGUCAGCUUCGUCAUGGAGGCCGGAGCGGCCGAAGCACGUGCUGCAAGCCCUUGCCCAAGAGCCACGCGCAGCAGCAGCGGCGGCCGCGCGCCGCUCAAGGCCGAGCGUAGCGCGCAGGCGCACGGCUCGCACGGCUCGCACGGCUCGGCCGCCGCCGCGGCCGCCCGCGGCGCGCCCAGGACCUACUUCCCCCAGCAGAGGUCCCAAAGCGAAAAGCAGACCUAUUUGGAAGUAAGGAGGGAGAUGCACUUAGAAGACACCACCAGAUUCUGUCCAAAGGAAGAAAGAGAAAGUGAACAAACGUCUUUCAGCGAUCAAAACCCCAGGCAAGACCAGAAAGGGGGCUUUCGCAGCUCCUUCCGCAAGCUCUUUAAAAAGAAGUCCAGUGGAUCAGAAUACAGGGAAAAAACUAAUGAGAAUCCCUCAAUGGAUCCUUCACCCACCAAACAAGAUUUCUUCAGAAACCGACUUGCUCUUGCAAAUGACCUUGACCAAGGAACAGCUGUGUAAAACAUACUUAAAGUUGUAUUGUCAAGUGGUAAGAUGAGGAUCAAAAGCUUGUAUAUAUAUUUGUGUAGGAAAAUAUAUAUAUUGGUGUAUAAAUCCCUGAGGAAAACUAAUAUAAAUACUUACAUAUGAAACUAAAUCAACAUAAAAACAAGACAUUGAAGAGAUGAAGAUUAGUCUAUGGUUGAGAACUGGCUUUUUGAACCUCAACACUUGGGAAAAGGGAAACGAAGACUUUUCACAGUAUUACAAAAAAACACAAUAAAUG